AUAGCUGUUGACUUAUUACCUGGAAGAGUCAACUUCUCUAUACAUGGGAGUUCACCGUGAAGGUCAGGUGGGCUCUCGCUCUUGGACUGAGAGCAUCAAUUUCAGAUAUUUUAAUGGCUGGACAUUUUUAUCCUCUUUUAGCAAUGACGACAAAGAGACAUCUUGGAUGGCGGAAGCUAUUUCUGAUACUCACAGUACUUCCCUGCUGCAGGAGUUUGCAGGUUUCUAUUCCAGAGAAAGAAUACGAGGUUCCAAGUGGAGAAGCUAUUAACUUGACCUGUUCCUUCAUCCCAGCCAGACCAGUCUCCAACACACUCGUCAUCAAAUGGGCAGCUUACCCUGACAGUGUCGAUGAUACAGUGAAAUCCGUGGCCACCUACUUUUUAAACAAUCCGAUUGACAUUGCACCUGCUUAUGAAGGCAGAGCCUUUAUGGAGGUUGACAUGGUCAAACAAGUGAGCACACUCCGCUUAACAAAGGUGACCGCGCAGGACAGCCGCCGUUACCUAUGCGGUGUCCUGAUCCCCAAUGAUGAUGAGGGAACAACUUCUGCCACCACUUCCCUUUUGGUCCUGGUGCCUCCCUCUGCGCCAAUUUGCACGAUUAAGGGAAAAGCAGAGUACUUUCAAGACAUCACCCUCACCUGCCUGUCUGAGGAGGGAUCCCCAAAACCUGUGUCUCAAUGGAAGAGCUACAGUGUGGAAAACGUUCCCAGACCAUUUCCACCUAAGACAGCCGAAAAGGAUGGAGCUAUAUCUCUCUUCAAUAUUACAAGAGAAAUGUCUGGGUUCUACGUAUGCACAUCAAUAAAUCGAAUUGGUUCUGCCAGCUGCAACAUUACCUUGGCUGUGAUGCCCGGAAGCAUGAACGUUGGGUCCACUGCAGCUAUAAUUGGAGGAGUCAUCACAGGUCUCGUGUUUCUGGGGAUUCUCAUCUUCUGUUGCUGCCGGAAAAAGGGCAAAAAUGAGAAGUAUGCUGAAGGUUCCCCCGGAGAAGUGGAGUUUUAUGACAGAGAUGCUGCUGAAGCUGAGCAGUACUGUGAUGACAAAUCAAACAGCGGGACAAAGCAGCUCGACCAGCAUGAAGACAAAGACGUUGUUCCUCAAAACAAUUACAGCAUAACAGCUGGGCAUAAGCUUGAGGAUGAUCGACACAGUUAUAAUAGUGGUAAAGAAAGGCAUGAUGGCAAGGGCAGUGAAAUUGAGUCUCAACGUUACCAGGACGACCAGCAUGAUCACUAUCGUGGAAGUCGUGAUCGCCUUGACGAUCAACGUGACCGUUACGGAGGCAGUCGUGAUCGCCUUGACGAUCAACGCGACCGUUACGGAGGCAGUCGUGAUCGCCUUGACGAUCAACGUGAUCGUUACAGAGGCAGUCGUGAUCACCUUGACGAUCAACGUGGCCGUUACGGAGGCAGUCGUGAUCGCCUUGACGAUCAACGCGACCGUUACGGAGGCAGUCGUGAUCGCCUUGACGAUCAACGCGAUCGCUACGCUGGCAGCCGUGAUCGCCUUGACGAUCAACGCGGUCGUUACGGAGGCAGUCGGGAUCGCCUUGGCGAUCAACGCGACCGUUACGGAGGCAGUCGUGAUCGCCUUGGCGAUCAACGCGACCGUUACGGAGGCAGUCGUGAUCGCCUUGACGAUCAACGCGAUCGCUACGCUGGCAGCCGUGAUCACCUUGACGAUCAACGCGGUCGUUAUGGAGGCAGUCGUGAUCGCCUUGAUGACCAGCGUGAACAUUUUGGUGAAAGCCGUAAGCUUCCAAUCGUAUAGUUUCUACUACACGCUUGGAAGGGGAGGGCGAUGCGAGCGGUGCAAUCUGCAAUUUCACCACUAGAUGCCACUAAAUCCUACACACUGGAUAAUUAAUGGUGGGGUAUGCGAUUUUAAUCCAUCACUGGUCUUUUUGUCAAAUUCAGCGAAUAUCUCCUCACGGCCCGCUAGCUGUCCAUUCAGUGUGUGCGCUGAAAAAGACUCUGGUGUUUGCACACAGCCCUGGCUCUGUAAAUGGAACAUAAACAAAGUUACAACACUAUUCCAGCCAUGAUUUGUGUGUCAGGUAACGUUAAAUGACGAACAUUCAGCUUACUUUCUAGUUUGUCACGAUAUGCUGUUGUUGUGAUGUUUGCUAUAGUAGCAGGAGAGUUGUGAGUAUCACUGUCUGGAGCUGGUUUGCUGGCUCUGGCAAACUGUCUCGUCCUCUCUGGCUGUUAGCUUAGCAGCAGCAACUGUAGCGACAGUUUGCUAACCCACACCUAGCUAACGUUAGUUACAUUACUUGCUGUGUCGUUGUUCGCUCUAUAUCAUGGAAUUUGUCCAUAUGUGGUAUUGGAAUUUUCCAGAAUCGCAUACCCCACCUUUAAGUAAAAUGUAUACCGAUUUGGUUGAAACCAGAAUAUGUUAGCCUUCUGUUAACCUGACCUGAAUUUACAUCACUUGUUGCUUUAUUACUUGUUGAUCAACUUUCCUCAAAGUUCAUUUGUAUUUGAUGUAAAUAAUUUAAUGUUACUUGCAUGAUAAAAUCAAUCCUACAGCUAAAAAGUUUUUAAAUCCCUUUUAGCAUUGAAUUUUUUUUUCAUGAAAACUUGCAUUGUGCCCGAAUCUCAAUAAAUGUAA